CCUGCUCCUCUCUUUACAGACAUUCCGCUUUACAGUCACUCCUUUUAAUACUUGUUUCUUUGUCGCUGUUGAAGUAGUGUCCAUUCUGAAGAACCUUGGAACAACUGUGGACACAAUGAAAUUCAUUGCCUUUUUCGUGUUUGGGGCGGCCAGUGCACGUGCAGUUCACUCGCCGCAGCAACAGCAAGUUCCUAUUUUGGGAGAAGCCGUAGAAGAUGUUUCCUCUCAACCCUCAGAAGCCACAGAGGAUGCUGCGCCCGGAAUCGGAGUCCACUUUACGAAUUCAUACGCUAUCGCUUCGGCUCGCUAUCAAAACGGAACGACGAGAGACCUAGUCAAGGUAGAAGGAGAUGCGCAAUACAUCGAAUUAAUGACACGAUGGAUGAACACACGACAAGGUUCGAGCCUACCAAUUAGUCGCGACGCCGUCACUCUCUCCAACUUCCUACACACUCUGCAGAUAGACGUUGAGGAAGUAUUGGGUAGCCCAAUGACCAACUUCGCGCCGGCCAUUUUCCCACUAGACACGGCCAAGAAGCAAUACUUCCAGGACGCACUAGAUCUCGCCGGACUGUCCUCCACGCGCACGCGGACCGGAAACAACUUGGUUGUGUAUGAGGAUACGAACGCGGCCUAUGCCGGCCUCGAUUACGGGCUCUGUAAGAAUUGGACAGAAUACCAAGAUUGCCUCGACGAACAGAGCAAACUCCCUUACCUCGACGUUCUAUUCCUCUCUUUCGACAACGGUUCCUUCUCCGCAAUCGUGAAGACCCUGCAAAGCGUGUUUCAAGAAUGGCCGAUACACAAUCACGCUUUCAACCUCGAUCUCGGCUGGUGGAACCUACCCAUUCACGAAGUGCCGCGUGCAAAGUUCUGGGCAGACAUCCACGAAAUGGUCGUAGACAGCAUUAGUUGGUUGUCAAGGCCACCUAGCAGAAUUGUGUUGAUGGGUGCCCAUGGGGCAGAUAAGGAGUUCUCGGCAGUUGUGGAAGCUGCGUUGUGGAGUGUGCUGGAGGUUGAUGUGAAUAUGAUGAUGCAGGCUAACAAAGCAGAAGAUAGUGCAAGCCUCGCUGCGAGAGGCGCGGCGGAGAUGGCCUGGCGAUCACAGUCUUGGAACAGAAAGAGUAGGGAAACAACGAUAGCUGAUGGUACACCUACUGAGCAUCAGUAGAGAAGUGAUGAACGGAAGUUAAAGAUAUGUGGCGGAUAUACCCAUGAGAUAUAGUAGUGAUAAUUAUUGAUUAAUAAUAUAAUACCCUACCAAACGCAAAGUCGACUAUCCAUGUGGAGGGGUUCAAGAACUUAUUGCGUGUUCACUCAGAAAAGGUCAGCAUAGGAAACAGGAGGUAACUGGAGACAUACAUACCACUUAAUUCGGGUAGUCCUUUCGCGACAGACAGGCGCU